CGACAUUGGCAACAUUCGUUGCAGUUGGCAACGCACGCACAACACUCGCAUAGCCAAAUAAAACGGGGCAGUCGAAUCGGUCACAUUCGAUUUUCGCUCUAAGCUCGUAAUUCGCUGCGACGGCCACACACACACACACAUACACACACACAACAUAUGUAUAGGAUGCUGUUGCACACUUAUGCAACGCUGGCGACAUCUGACGGCAUAAUUUGCCAUAACUAAAACAGCACGAAUUUAAUAACAAAUCGCUGAGGCGAAAAAGUCAGCUAACGGCUUUAAAAGCAGCGACGGUGGCAGCGGCAGCGACAGCGACAGCGACGACGUCAACGACAAUGGCCAGCAACUCCUCGGCAACCGCAUCGCUGGCCACAACGCCGGCGACGACGCCAACGGCGCUGACAACAGCAGCAACAGCAGCCAAACGCAUGGGCUACACAACGCCAGCAGCGACGUCAGCAACGGCGUCAGCAUCGGCAUCGGCGUCGUCAACGGCAACGGCAACGUCUUCGGUCAUCUGCGAGGAAGUCUUCGAUGAAGCCUGUUUACCAUCAUCCGAGGAGAUAAACGAUUAUGCGACAUUGAUUGGCAUCGAUCCGAGCAAGGAACCGCAUUUGUUAUACCUGGCCAAAGAGGGGCUUAUGGCCGCAUUGCCCUCCGAGUGGAAGAUCUGCUAUUCGGAGGAAAAGGGCGGCCACUACUAUCAUAAUACGCGCACAAAGCAAUCGCAGUGGGAUCAUCCGUUGGACGCGGUCUAUCGGGAUUUGGUGGAGCAGACGCGCCAGAAGCUAGCGACGGCAACUGGUGCUGCUGCUGCUGGUGCUGCUGGAGGUGGUAGUGGUGGUGGUGGUGGCGGCGGCGGUGGUGCCACACCCAUCAUUGAUAACUCGGACGAUGUGUCGCAGCUGGACUCGGGCAUACGUAGCAUGCAAGGAACGGACGAGCUGCUGGACGACAUGAGCUCACCUCUAAACAAUGGCAGCAGCCAGACGGCUGGAACGUCGGCUGCGACUAGUGGUGCUGGCGGUGCUGGUGGUGCCGGCAACUCCAAGACUCAUACAACUACCGGUGGUGCGUCGGCUUUUCCGGGUCCGAGUGGGUUCAGCGGUGGGGUCAGUCGGUUCCUGGAGACGCGCGGCAAGAGCUUCGGGCCCAUCUUUCAGCCGGUGAAGAACACACGCUUCGAGGUGGCCAAAACGAACCAGCAAAUCAGUCUGGCCAUGAAAUUCGGCAGCAUGGAGCCGCCCCAGCCGCCACAAGAGCAACAGCAACAACAACAACAGCAACAGCAACAGCAGAGGAGAGGCUCGUUCCAGCUAUCCGGCACUGGCGCCAUGUUCCUCAAGUCGCGCCGCCAGCUGGAGACGACGGAGGGCGGGGGCAAUGCGAGUGGCGUGAAAGGCAUCCUGCGGGACUCCAGCUUGACGGACAUGCGCCGGCGCUACGAGCGUGAUGAGGAUGCAGUCGCGGUGGAGGACAAGAAGAGCGUGCGCUUCAAUCUGGUGGAGACCCAACGGAUUUGCACCUCGCCCACUGAGGAGGAUGAUGCGCGCAAGCAGCAGCAGUCGCCCGAGCUGUCCAUGGAGGAGGAGGAGGCGGAGCACGAGCAGCCCUCUGCGCAGGAGGUGGACCACGAGGAGGAGGAGGAUGAUGAUGACGACGAGGCGUUGGGUCACGGCAAUGCCGUCGCUGCAGCAUCGGCCGUCGAUAGCAACGAAGACGACGACGAUGACGACGACGAGGACGAUGACGACGACGACGAUGUCUGGGAUGAGGACCUGGCCGAUCCCGAUGCCAUGGUCGGCAUGUGCAGCCUGAACCCCUUCAUCAGUGACUCGAACAAGCCGAUACGCAUCAUCAGCCUGCCCAAGGCCCAGACCAUACAGAUGCUGAAGCAGGAUGUGGAGCAGACGAGCAGCUACUUGGACAAGCUGAAGGAGAGCUCGACGGCCACAGUGAAGCCGCUGUACGAGGACACCGACUCGGACUCGAAGGGCAGCUCGGUGCGCAGCUUCAUCAUCAAUAAGUCGGAGCAGGAGUCGCUGCACGGCAGCAAUCCGAGCAAUCCCUUUGACCUGGACGAGCUGCACAGCAAGCACAGCCACGAGCUGGAGCAGCUGCAGCGCAAAUCGGCGCAGACCCAGGCCCAGCUGGCCAGCGAGAAGCUCGGCCUGCGCAGCCUGAAGAUGGCCAGCAAGCUGGUGGGCCUGCUCAAGAACAAGGAGCACAGCAGCGAAAUGCUGAACGAGGCGGCCGCCUUGCAGCAGCUGCAGAAGGACAUGGAGGCAAUGAAGCGGGAGCACGAGGUGCGCCUGAAGAGCCUCAGGCAUGAGUACGAUCUCCGUCUGACGGCACACCAGCAUCAGCUGGAGGAGGCGUUCCAGCUGCAGCUGGAGGAGUACCGCGACCAGCUGGAGCAUCAGCUGCAAACGAAGCGCGCCCAGGUGGUCAGCGAGCACAAGACGCGCAUGGCCACGCUGCAGUCGAACCAUGCCGAGCUGCUGCACGAACUGGAGCGCGACCUGCGCUCCGAGCAGGAGCUGCUGCGGCGCGAGCAUGCCACCAAGCUGAGCCAAAUGCGGGACAAGCUCAACCACGAGCUGGAGCUGGAGAAGCAGCGCCUGCGGGACAACGGCGAGGAGCGCCUCUACGAGAAGGUGCGCUGCGAGAAGCGUCUGCUCGAGGACAAGUACCGCUGCCUGAAGGAGAAGUACGUGCGGCUCAAGACCGAUGUGAAGCUGUCGUUGGAGCGACGCAGUCGCCGGCGUGAGGCGCAAGCGCAGGCCCAGGCGCAAGUCCAGGCCCAGCUGGAGCCGCACUUGCAGACGAACAACUCGGAGACUGAACGUUCGCUGUCGCAGAAGCCGUCCAUUGGCAACAGCGAGAACCGUUCGCUCAGCUACUCGGAGCAGGCAACCACCACGGACGUCAAGCUGAAGCCGCCAGUGCCCCCAAAGAGCCACCUGGGCAAGCAGGCGGCCAGCGUCUGUUUGGCCAGCAAAUACAUCAAGCAGCUGCAGCUGCAGGACGAUGCCAACACCUCGCUCAGCCAGUCGGACACAACGAUAUCGAACAACUACAGCAAGGGGCGAUAUCUGGCGGCGCCAUCGGCCACAUUGGUGCUCAGCGACAACGGCAACUCGGACUCGGAGGCACAGCAGCAGCAGCAGCAACAGCAGCAACAGCAGCAGCAGCAGGAGCACAAUAACAAUAACAAUAACAACAAAGCCUUAACGGUGCCUCGCAAGAAACUCUUCUCGCGCACCAAAUCCGCCUCCACCUCGCGUCUCAACUCCGACUACAACAAGCAGCAGCAACAGCAGCAGCAGCAGCAGCAGCAGCUGCAGCAGGUGGAGCGUCCUUGCACGCCCGUCGAGAACUUGCGGCAUCAGCUGCAGAAGCUGGAGGAUCUGGAGGAUCAGUUCCCGGAGCACACGCUGGACACCACAUACCACUUGCGCUACCCCUUCACGGACAUUGUGGCCAACGAGCAUGCGGCCGUGGUUGGCUCGGUGGUUGGGUCCGAGCUGGAGUUCUUCAAGCAUCGCAUACACCUGGAGCGGGACUCGGUGCGUCGGGCCAAGGAAUCGUUGCGCACACAGCGCACCAAUUUCCGUGCGCGCCAGCGCGAGAUCAAGCAGCGGCACAAGAGCCUGACGAUGAGCGCGCCCAGGCACUCGCUCGAUCAGCUGAUCCAGGAGGAGAAGGAACUGACCGAAAUGGAAGUCAAUUUGCAUCGGACGCGCGCGCUGCUGGGCGAGAAGGUCAUCAGGCUGAGGCAUCUGGAGCAGAGCCUGCUGCGCAUCUACGAGAAGGAGAAGCCGAGCCUGGAGCAGGAGCCCAAGGAUGAUGCCACCACGCUCAGUGAUCUCUCCUCGCACUCCAGCUCGGGCUUCAGCAGCACCGACUUUGCCAGCGGUGCGGACCUGCACAAGCGCAAGGAGUACUUUCAGCAGGAAUCGAAUGAGUGCAUACAGAAUCUGGAGAUACUGAAUGCCGAGAUACGCGAAAUACUGGACAUACUUGGCCAGAAGCAGCAGCUGCACCACCAGCAACAGCAGCAGCUGCAGCAGCCGCCGCCGCCGCACCACCAUCAAUCCCAGUCGUCGCACGGCCUGGCCCUCACCAUGCCGCUGAUCUCGCCCAACGAGCUCAGCUGGUCGCAUAUGCUGAGCAGCCAGCAGUCCUCGUCGAUGGCCACAACGAUGGCCGGCACGGCCAGCGGCUCGAAUCAUAGCAUUAGCACCACCACCAGCGCUGCUGCGGCGGCGGCCGCUGCCUCGGUCCAUGCACCACAGUCGAUACCGACCCUAGCCGAUCGCCUGGAGACUUACCGCCAGCUGGCAGCGGGCCGCAUGCACAGCUCCAUGGGCGGUGCCAUCCUGGCGGCCAAUACCAUCGUGUCCCAGAGUCCACGGGCGGUCAACUACACCACCAGCCUGGUGGAGCGCACGCGCGACCUGCGCAACUGGCUGCGCCAGGCCAAGACUGAGCACGAGCUCCUCACGGGCAUGAAUGUCCAGCAUGGCCUGGCCAUGCACACGAGCAGCUCGACGGUGGGCGGCAUCAGUGGCAUUGGGGGCAUCGGUGCUGCGGUGGGUGGCCACUCGACGGCCGGUACUUCGCCCGUCUCCAGCAGUGGUGCAGUGGGUGGGUCGGUGGCUGCCACCGCCAAUUCGGCCAAUUCAGCGGCCAGCGCAGCCCAAACUAAUUUGUAAGCGAUUCGGAUCGACCAUGCGAAAUCUAGUCCAAAGUCUAGUCUAGUUGUAGGGCAUUGCUAGCCCUAGCUAUACCCUAUAAAGAGUAGCUUUAUGUCUGUAUAUAGGAUUAGCAAGCUUAUUAAUAUUAUUAUUACUAUUAUUAUUAUUAUGCCUAUUGUCUGCCUUUUACAAAGCCUAGCAUUGUUUUAACUUUUUUUUUUGUCAACUAAGUUGCAGCUGCUAAGCAUACCCUGUAAUUCUGAAAUAAUUCAAAUUGCCUAGUUUAAGUCCAAUAUUAUUUGUUAUAUGUGCGAGGUGUUGUGCUCCCAUUUGAAUGCAGGGUAUUUGCAAGUCGAGCAUUGCUACUAUUAGGAAAAAGUUAUGAGCAAAUCUUGUUUGAUUAUAAGAAUUUUAAUACUCUGCUGAAGUAUAUUUAGUAUUUUAA